CUUAACGAAGCAAAGCAUUAUUGCAGUCGCAUUAUUCAUCCAGUGCACGAUCUGGACUUGAAGGCAGUAAGGAUGCUCAAUAUUUAUCGCCGAGAUGAGCUAUCUAUCCGCCACAAUAUCAAGAGUGGUUUCAUUGUAGAUCAGGUGCUUCGUAACACUACCGCUCAAAAGAUGGGCAUUAGAAGAGGAGAUGUCAUAGAUGUGAUGUCAUUGGAGCUUGGUACAACUUUAUCUGAGUUUGAAGACAAUCUUCUUGAAAUUAGUUGGCAGUUUCUGGAAAAGGAACUUGAUCCGAUUCUUGACCUGCAGAUUCAAGUCCACAAUCUCUAUGACAGAGAAAGCGUGUGUACUGUGUUGCCUAUGAGGUUCAGGAAUGCUACAGUGAAUCAACAUGAUUCACUUGAGUUCGAAGUUACCAAGAAGUGAUUGGAGGUUGUCAUCCGAGUUAAUAGAAGGCGAGAGUUUUGAUUCAUACUAGCAAUCAUCGUUGCAUGGUACCAUAUAUUGGAAAACUGGGAAUGUGUUUAUCAUUCAAUGGUACAUGCUCAAGGUGGUGUGUUGUUAUAGAUGGAAAUUAAGCACCUUCUCGUCCAAUA